AGUAUGACCUUUUCUAAGGCAUCUAUCUUUCCAGCCAUUGUUUUAGACUUUUAAGUCUAUAUUUUGGACUAUUGUUAAGAUUUGUUCAAUCUUAUUUGGAUCUAUUUGUUUAUUUAUUUCUAGAUAUUCUGUUUUAUCUAGCUUUUGUUCCAAAGAUUUUAAUCUAAGGUUCAUCGUUUCUAUCAGGCUUUUAACAGUCUUGAUAUCUUUCUCUAUAGGUUCUAAUGUGUGCUGGACAUUAGCUACCAAAUCUUUUAAUCCAUUAUCUAAAAAAUGUGGAUAUUUGAGAGGUUUUGGGAAGUCAGCAGAGGAAGAAAAUCCAAGGAUAAUAAAUCAUUGGACAUACAACCCAACAUGGAAUGAAGCAUCAUCUUCUUCCAAAUCAAAAGCUGCUUUAAUAAAAGCACAACAUAGGAUGAGUGGUUUGCCACCACCAACAAAUGACAGCCUCACCGCUGUUAGUAAAAGGAUAAACCAUUUAAGCUUAGACUUAUCUGAUAAAAAAUUAUGAGUGGACCACACCAGGUUAAACCUCAUAUAUAUUUUAACAAACGAUACAUUGGUUUAAAACACCAAAAUGUAACUACAAAUCCACCACCAUAUGCUUACCAAGGUGGAAGAGGAAUAGAUGGAUGUCUUAACCAUCUAAAUAAUAUUAACUCAGUCUUAGGAUCUGUGUUAAUACUGGUCACUAGUAUCAGUAAUGUGUUUGGCUUCCCAUCCAAACAACUUUUCAGUGGGGGGGAUAGUGAUAUUGACGACUUCCCAAAACCUCUCAAAUAUCCACAUUUUUUAGAUAAUGGAUUAAAAGAUUUGGUAGCUAAUGUCCAGCACACAUUAGAACCUAUAGAGAAAGAUAUCAAGACUGUUAAAAGCCUGAUAGAAACGAUGAACCUUAGAUUAAAAUCUUUGGAACAAAAGCUAGAUAAAACAGAAUAUCUAGAAAUAAAUAAACAAAUAGAUCCAAAUAAGAUUGAACAAAUCUUAACAAUAGUCCAAAAUAUAGACUUAAAAGUCUAAAACAAUGGCUGGAAAGAUAGAUGCCUUAGAAAAGGUCAUACUUCAAUUAUCAAGUGACUUUAAGACACUUGAAGACAAACAGAUAAGUGUUCUACAAAGACACAUAGAAACUUCAGCGGCCUCAAUAAUUGCUGCUUUAAGAAAAGACCUCGAAGAAAUAAAAAGAAGCCUUUUAGAAAUGGCCGAUGCCAUCAAAUACUGUUCAGACAGUAUCAAAGCAUGUGAAUGCAAUAAAGAGAUUCUUUUAGCCUUUGAAAAGAAUCUAGGAAAAAUUCCUAUAGCACCAACUUUAGGAAAAGAAACAACCCAUCCACCAAUAGGAAUGGCAAAAGAUGAUAAAUCCCCUUCAGGAUUAAAACCAGCUACAAUCACUAGCUUUACAUAUAUUCCUAGACCAUGAUUAAGGAAUACAAAACAGUUAAGGAACAACUGUUAGAAUAUUAUAUGGCGCAUGACCAUACAGAAUGGACCAAUAAGGUUAUUCAAGUUCUGAGUUGUGAAGACCCAGAAAUAGAACAAGCCCAUGAACAACAUGAGGAUUUAAAUGUUUUGGUAGCAAUACCAAACCCAAAAUAUAAUCUCAAUGUAGACAUUGAAGAAACAGAAGAUAGCAUGAAUGCUAACCAAGCAGAGUCUUCAGCCCAAGGAGCCUCUAGAAACCCACGUAGUGGAGUAAGUUAUGAUAGGCCCUCAAGACCUAGACCCACAAGAAGUCAUAAUACGACUUAUCAAAGUGCUCCCCUAGGAGGAUCAUAUAGAUCAGGAACUGGUAGAUUUCAGAGAUAUAAUAUCCCUGAAGACUAUGCACCUGAAAAGAAAUAUCAAGUUGAUAUUUUAGACAUAGAUUGUGUAGAUCUAAAGGAAAGAAAACGUAGGAUUCAAUCCUGGCAUAAUUCCUUAAGAUUAAUCAUAGCAAUAGAUUCAAAUCUUAGUGAGGAUUUUGAAUUAGCCCAUAUUUUGAUGAUAAACAAAUCAUCCAGAAUGGCAAGCGAACUUAUUGAAGGAAUCAAUAAGGAUGAAUUCAUGAGAGGAUCAUCAGAGGAUUUUCUCCAAAACAUAGUAAACCUGUUAUCCACAGUGUUUCUAGGAACAAAUUAUCUUAAUGAUGGUGAAAACCAAGUUAGGAUUAAACAAGAAGAAGCUAGGGAACGCAUGACUAAGUUACAGAUCUGUGAUCUGUGUUAUUUAGAUCAGUUCACCUGUGAUUAUGAGGAAUCCCUUUUAAGUGUACCUAAUACUGAAUGGAUUAGUUACAUCGAAGGAUACCUUAGAAAGAUACCUUUCAUAGGUAAAGAAAGCUUAGAAGAAUAUCAACAGUUGCCACAUAUUAGUAAAUUAAGUCUAAUGAUAGCAAAAAAAUAUAGUUUCCAAGAAACUAACAAAAAUAUGCACUGAAAGACAGUUGCUUAAAAAGACAAAGAAAAUUAAUCUUUGUUGUCCUAAAUUCCAAGGACCAGAAACCAUGUAUGGUUGUCAAACUAUUCCACAAAUUAAAAAAUGGAAGAAAAAGCUGAA